UCUUUCUCUCUCAGCUGUGACCUUUAGGCCCGUCACCCCUCGGUUUCCCUGGAGAUGCUCCCAGCGGUUUCCAGUUAUCUCAUUUAUUCUCUUUAUUUGAGGAGCUGUCUUUUGGUGUUCUGCAUCAGAGCAUCUAAUGCGUUUGUGCCUUGUUUUGAAUCAUAAUUAUACCUACCAGUGACACCUCCAAGAUUUGUCUGAGUCUUCCUGCUCCUGAGUUUAUCUAACUAUCCCCCUCGUGACACAAAUUCCAACCUUUUUUUUUCCCCCCAAGGACCUUCUGAGAAGUAUGCUAGAAGAGUUGGGAGGUGAUUGAUCAAAAUCGGUAGAAGCUGAUUUUUUUUUUAAAGGUCAAAGGUCAGUUAAACUGCGGUGGUGGUUGUCGACUUAACCUGGUGGCUCAAAGUUUUCUUUUGUUGUAAAUUUAAAAGGUUUCACACGUUGCCACAGCAUAUAUCGCCACCAAGCUGUAGGACCUGUGGCCGUCCCAUAAUAGGAAACUUCCUUUGGAUAUCCUUGAAAGUUGUUUUUGGUUUCGUUGUCCAACUUUAAACUUUUUUUGAGUCAAGAACUUUUGGCCCUAUACAUUUUGGUUUCUCCUGCUGUGAAAUCGUGGUUUUAGGGGGGGUCAAAAUUAAUUUUCAGUGUUAAUUUUUAGUCUGUAAAUGUUUGCUGAAAGGCCAGUAAGACAGAGGAAUUGCAAAAAACAAUCUGGUCCUUGCACUCCAGGACUCCUGGGGGAGGUUCUCCAUUUGUAUGUUAGGUUUUAUUGGUUGCCUUUUUCCUUUAUAAUCUGACAAUUCUGCACAAUUUGGCAGAAUUGUGGGUCAAUUUGUGUUUCAGCUCUUGCUUUAUUUUUGAUUGAAUUGAACAGUUCACAGCAGGGUUGUUUUUCUUUUCAUAUGUUCGAGCUCCAAGAAUAAAGUUUCACGCAGCAAGCGCGUGUUUGGAUGAACGCGCUCACCCAUCCCCGCGCGCUCCAGCUCUCCCCUCACCGCCCGUCGGUGUUCUGUUGCUCAGUGCUGCUCACACUUGAAGUGACAGAGUGAGGCUCAGAGCUGUGAGCGCAGCGCGCACACGGCACAGCCGGCCACUGUUGUGCGCCGCGUGAUUUUGGAAACAGAGGAGACGCGUCCAAAGGAUUUUUUUUUAUUAAUACCAUUAGAGACAGCAAUCGAUUGGGGACAGCGCUCAUCCAGCCUGUCGUCAAAUCACCAUGCGAGCAGAGCAGACCCGCCGUGUGCCAUGCUGAGAAACUCCCCGACUCUCCUCCUGGCUCUGACCGCCGUGGCCGCACUAGUACCGCCAUGCCAAGGCUGGAGCGACGAGGACCUCCUUCUGCCGCCCAUCAACUCCUCCAACAGGUUUCUGGCCAACCUGGAGGUGGACGUGCGCUUCUCCAAGAGGUCCGUGGAGGAGAGCGACGCCUCGCCCGGCGAUGCCUACCCCAUGCAGGCGCUCAGCCCCUCCGCGUCCCAGUGCAACGUGAGCGUCCACAGACUGCUGCCCACGUCGCUCGUGGCCCGCUGGGACAGCAGCUUCGGCUUCCAGUGUGACGUCCUCAUCUACACCACCAACAACCACGGCAGGGCUUUCUUCUCAGCCUCCAUCAACCGGGCCAUCUCCCCGGUGGUCAUCGAGCACCUAGGGGUCACCGGGGGUCAGCAGGAGCUGAGACUGUGCGUGGGGUGCGGGAUGUCCCGGUACCGCCGGUUUAGCCAGGGGAGGUUGAGGGGCCAGCAGAGCGGGGAUCAGCUGACCUUCUGCUGCGUGGACUUCAGUCUCGAUGAGCUGAGGGGGGACAAGACUUGGAGGCUGAACAGGAAGCCCAUCGAGUCCACGCUCGUGGCUUGUUUCAUGACUCUGGUCAUCAUCGUGUGGAGUGUUGCUGCGCUCAUAUGGCCGGUGCCGAUCAUUGCAGGCUUCCUGCCCAACGGGAUGGAGCAGAGGAGACCCAGAUAACUGCACAAUCUCCAUUCAACCCUUUAUAGCCCAUGCUGCCUAAACUGUAGCCAUUCACCUGUACACACAUCAACACAUGGAGGCUCCAGAACAAAGCUGUUCUUUAACCUUUAUACCUCCUCCUUCCUCACUGGGAUUGUAAGGUAAAGUAUACAGGAUUAUUCUAAUAGCCAAUAGUAAUCUAUACUGGGACCAACGUGUUUUGUAUGCCCUUAGGCCUUCCUCCAGAUUAGAAAAAGUCAUUGUUAAGCGUGCAAACCUUUGUCUCUGGGCGGUGUUUGUAAACUUUUUAACCUUUCUAACGUUUUUGCCUUAUCUCAUGUGUAGGACUUUUGCACAGGAAACUUUAACAUUUUGCUGUCAUUGAUUUACACUAUAGCCCCCUUUAGUCAUAGAUAAAUGUAACCUCUUUUCUAAUCUAAUAAUAAAUAAACUACUGUUAUUUAUGACAACUGACAUGUAAAAAAAGAGGAUUUCAAUUAUUUAUAGACUUAGAUUUAAAGGUCGAGUGCAUUAUAUAAUAAUGUUUAUUUGUAUAUUUGUUGGAGGAGUUUUAAUCAAAAUAAAAAAAAUAAGGAUAUGAUA